GAUACGCACUGACAUAAAUGAGGGUACAUUAAUGUGUUAAAAAUGAACAACUGACUAAAUCAAAAAAAAGAAAAUAGGUUACUAAUCAUAAAAAUGCAUUUCAUAAAUUUGUUUAAAAUAUAUUUAAUCCAAAAUGAGCCCCAAGUGUAAUCUUAAUACGAUUCUUGUUUAUAUAUGUUUUACAUAUCUGUUCCAUACAGCAAAACUCGGAUAUAGCGAAGUCCUAGGAACCGGUGAAAAUUCGUUGUAUCCGUAUAAAGGAAUCGCAAUGCUACGUAUGGCGAAUGCGUUAUAUAUGGCAUGUUUCAGUUCCUCUACAUGACCACCAUUUGUGAUAUGCACACUGCAUGAGACAUUCAUAAAUAUGAAAAUGAAGUAAACGAUACUUCAUCGGAAAAUAUCAAAUCAAAAAUAGUUUCAUUUUUGUUUUUCUUGUGAUAAUUAUUUCAACUGGUAUUGUUUUUAACCUUUGAAUCUAUGAAUUAUUUCGACAUUAUAAACAAUGUAGAUUUCGUUAUCUUCAACUAUACUGGACUCGAAUCAAUAAGCUCCGGAUUUAUGAUCGAUUAAAUCACUGUAUUCGAUCAUCAGUACUACUCAACUAAUGAUUCUGUAUUCCUUAAAUUCAAUGUUAUAUCCAAGUUUUUUGUAACCUUGUAAACCGUACAAUUAUGCAUGGACUUUUAAUUAAAGAAGUUUACCGGAGACGCCAUAAAAUGCAUAUAUAUCCGUUAUUCGUUCUAUAUUCGUGAUCGUACUGAACGGAUUUUACUUCAUGUGUAUACUCAAGUUUCGAUAUAUCAAGAUCGUAUUAAACCGGAUUUUAUAACACAUGUUCACAAUGUAUUGUAUUCUGCGGGAAAUAUGCAACAUUAAACUACGUACGUGAUUAAAAAACUAUAAUAGUCUAAGUUUGUGAUUUGCGGCUGUGCGUGUUUGGUUUUGUUUUGUUGUUUUUUUUUUAAUUAUUAAUUAAGUAUAUUUUAAAAUUAUUUUGGGUUUCUUUCGUUUGAUUUGAUUCUACAUUUUAGCUGCUAUAUUGAAUUCUCAAGUCUGCAAGAAAAAUGGUGUAUUGUUGUAUUGCGGUUAUUCUUUAUUUUUCUUUUUGGAGGGGAAGGCGAUAUAAGUGCACAUUUCAGCCAUUUUUAGAGAUUUCUUUAGCGAUCUGUUCGUCAAUCGACCACACUGUCGUCGUUGGCACAACAGAGACAUGUAAACUUUUUAUCAUGAAAGAAAUUAUAGAGAUUGUUGACAUCCGGUGACAGUGCAUAUCAAACCACUUACAUGUAAAGUCACAAGAAAUCCAAAUUAAAGAGGUCUUAUCCUAAGACUUAAAUAUUUUGUUCAGAGAAGAUGAAUACAAUUUCCGCCUUCGUUGUUGGUACACUGUAAUUAAUAGUCUAUUGUAAAACUAUAGUUUAUAUAAAUGACUAUGUCCUACUAUAAGUAAGGGUCUGUUGGCUAGUCAGUGCCUCCUUUUCGGGUGCUGUGGCUGCCUCUAUCAGCCCGAAGAAAACAUGUCGGAAAAACACAUAGUUAUCGUUGGAGCAGGUUUGGUAGGAACUCUGAACGCUAUAUUGUUGGCAAAACGGAAUUUGACCGUGAGUGUGUACGAGAAAAGACGUGACCUUAGAAGAGAGCCACCCCCGUCAGGACGGCGGACAACCAACCUGGCACUGACCAGUCGGGGGAUGGCGGCGCUCAAACAGGUGGGCGUGGCCGAGCAGAUCGCCCCCUACCAGGUGGCUAUGUUCGCCAGAAUGGUACACGAGGUAGACGGGACAAUGCAUCCGCUCUACUAUGGCCGGAAAGAACAGUUCAUUUUGUCAACACAGAGAAAUAAAUUGAAUGAAAUCCUUUUAAAUGCCGCAGAAAAGUUUCCAAACCUCACGUGUUUCUUUGAGCACAAACUGACAUCAUGCAACUUAAAGACGGGACAGUUAGAGUUUUUACAUAAGGGUAAAAAGGUGCGCGUUCAGGCGGACGUGGUGUUCGGUAACGACGGAGCUCAUUCCACCAUACGCCUGGAAAUGAUGAAAUGUUCCCUGAUGGACGUCCAGCAGAUUUAUGUCCCCUACGGUUACAUCGAGUUACCCGUGGCCAAGACUAAAAACAACGACUUUGCAAUGGACCCACAACAUCUCCAUCUGUGGCCCCGUGACGACUUCUUGAUGCUCUGUACAGCGAACUGGGAUAGAACUUUCAACAUAGCCCUCUUCAUGAGGUUUGAGACGUUUUCCAGUUUAAAGACGGAAGAAGAGGCGGUAGAGUUUUUUAAGAAACACUUCCCAGACGCUCUGGUGUUAGUUGGAGAGAAAAACCUUCGGUCUUCUUUUCCCACAUGGUAUCCUUAUCCAAUGGUUACAAUAAAGUGUUCUCCGUACCACAUCGAGGGCAAAGCUUUGAUAAUGGGGGAUGCCGCCCAUGCCAUGCUGCCAUUCCUUGCACAGGGCGUCAAUUCCGGAUUUGAAGAUUGCAUGCUUCUGAACAGUCUUCUAGAUAUACACAAAGACAACUUCGCGGCUGCUUUCUCGGAGUACUCCAGAUGUAGAAAAGCGGACGCCCACGCAGUCUGUGACCUUACCUUGUACAACUUCCUGGAGAUGAGACAGUUAGUGAACACGAAGACUUUUCGCUUAAAGAAGAAGCUGGACAAUAUCCUCCACGCCAUUCUGCCAAACAACUGGAUCCCCCUGUACUCCAUGGUGGCAUUUACAGAUAUAAGGUACCACAUAUGUAAGCAGAGGAAACAGUAUCAAGAUCAGAUUUUGAACUGCAUCCUGGUGUUAGGAACAGCUCUAUUGUUUUUUCUUCUCAUCACUACAGUAAUAUGGGUGUACGUUAGUUGGGACAGACACUGGUAGAGAUUGUCCCACUGCGAACUCGCUGUUCAUAUUUACUCUAUUUUGACUUUAUAUUGUUUUAAAUAAAGUUGACGAAGCUUUUUGUUUAAUUAGCGAAUGACACUUUCAGACUACAUGUAUACUACAUGUAUACAUUUGUUAUCAUACAGAGACAGAUUGCUUUAUUUAAGAACAAAUAUUCCUGGAAUUAUUGAUUAUUGGUUCAAUACAUAAAAGAGUCAUUGGAUUAGCUUCUACACCCACACCUGAGAAUUUUCAUUCAGUUUACUUAAUGUCAUCACUUGUCAUUUUUUCAGUCUUUUUUAUAUAUACAUAUAGAUAGUCAAGUAUAAUGAAAAUACAUGUACUGUUAUUAAUCUUCAGUUCAGAAUAAGGCACACAUGUACCUUGUUUUUAAAGUCCAGUGGAUUCUGAUCACAGGGGUUCUAUGUGUGUCACAUGUCUGUUGAAUCAUGCACAUUGUUGUCUUUGUGGACACUCGUCUAAUAAACACUGGCAGCUUCAUCGUUGUUCAAUUUAUUAAAUUGCAUUUUGGUAUUAUAUUUUAC